AUGAGCUCCCUCAAAUUUGUAGUCUCCUCACUCGAGGCCAUUGCCGCCUCCAAGGAUGCGCAGCGCAACAAGCAGCUGGAGGAGACCACCACCAAGGCCCUCGAUGCCAUCAAAGAACAGGACCAGCUUCCCGACCCCGAGAUCGUUUUCGCUCCUCUGCAACUAGCAUCGCGCUCUACGAAUGUGCAACUUACUACAACCGCACUCGAUUGUAUCGGGAAGCUCAUUUCCUAUUCAUACUUCUCCGUGCCAAGUAACCCUUCCGAAGGGACCGAAGAGGGUGCCGAGCCCGUCCCUCCCCUGAUCGAGCGAGCCAUCGACACUAUCUGUAACUGUUUCCAAGGCGAAACGACUGCUGUUGAGAUCCAACUUCAAAUCGUCAAGUCUUUGCUUGCAGCCGUUCUCAAUGACAAGAUCGUCGUCCACGGUGCUGGCCUCCUCAAGGCAGUGCGACAAGUAUACAAUGUCUUUUUGCUGUCGCGGAGUACAGCCAACCAGCAGGUUGCUCAGGGUACCUUGACCCAGAUGGUUGGUACUGUUUUUGAGCGAGUCAAGACGAGACUGCACAUGAAGGAGGCCCGCCUCAACCUGGAACAUCUCAAGAAUGGCUCCAGCAACGUUACCUUUGACCACGCCGAAUCGACCAAUGGCGCCAACGACAGUGGCGACCGUGAUGAGUCGCCAGCUGAGCCCUCCGAGGCUGCAGAUUCCUCGACCGAACCAGCCGAGAGUGGCGCAAAGCUCACAUUGAAAGAUCUUGAGCAUCGCAAGAGCUUCGACGACUCGAACCUGGGCGAUGGACCAACCAUGGUCACGAGGCUCAAGCCCGAACGAAAGGAGACUGGCACGCCAGCGUCCGACCAGGCGGGUCAAGAUUCCGGCCCUGCAGAGGACGGCGAUGUGCUGGACGCAGAGGAUGAGGUUUACAUCCGGGAUGCCUACCUCGUCUUUCGAUCUUUCUGUAACCUUUCGACCAAGGUCCUACCACCCGACCAGCUGUACGACGUCCGCGGUCAGCCAAUGCGCUCCAAGCUCAUUUCUCUUCACCUUAUUCACACCCUUCUAAACAAUAACAUUGCUGUUUUUACUUCUCCCUUUUGUACGAUCAAGAAUUCAAAAAGCGGCGAGCCUACGAGUUUUCUGCAGGCGAUCAAGUUUUAUCUUUGUCUGAGUAUUACUCGUAAUGGCGCUAGCUCAGUUGACCGGAUUUUCAACGUGAGCAGCGAGAUCUUUUGGUUGAUGGUCAAGUACAUGCGUGCUGAUUUCAAGAAAGAGAUUGAGGUCUUCUUGAAUGAAAUUUACUUGGCUCUUCUUGCACGGAGAACGGCGCCACUGUCGCAAAAAGUUCAAUUUAUAACAAUCCUCAACCGGUUAUGCGCCGACCCCAAGGCCCUGGUUGAAAUCUACCUUAAUUAUGACUGCGAUCAGACUGUCGAUAAUAUCUACCAAACAAUCAUCGAGGAUUUGUCCAAGUUCUCGACAACCCCGCUCACUAUUACAACAAUUAACGAGCAAGUGUACGAAGAAAUACGGUUAAAGACCACCCCUGCGAGCGAAUGGCAACUCAAGACAACCCUUCCGCCCCCUCUGACAGUAGCUCACAUUGCUCCCCAUCAAGAUUCUGAGCCCGACUACCCCAAGGAAUAUGCUAUCAAACGAUUGUCCAUUGAAGCGUUGGUUGAGACGUUGCGAUCCAUGGUCAACUGGUCGGCACCGAUACGAGGUGAUGCCGAGCCCACGCGCCCUGAAAACCAGGACAUCAAGGGCUCUCUCGACAUUCGGCCAUCGAUUGACCCUAGCAUUAACGAUAGCGUCUCUCGUGUGGAAACUCCUCUCCCUCCAUCGACCCCUAUUCUGGAAGACGACCCGGAUCAGCUGGAGAAAGAGAAAAUGAGAAAGACGGCCUUGAUGAAGGGAAUUAACCAAUUCAACUUCAAACCGAAGAAGGGUAUCCAGAUGCUCAUACGCGAUGGUUUUAUUCCAAGUGAUAGCCCCAAGGACAUCGCCGAGUUCUUGUUGAGAGAGGACAAGCUCGACAAGGCUCAAAUUGGAGAGUACUUGGGUGAAGGAGAGCAGAAGUACAUCGACAUUAUGCACGCAUUUGUCGACACCAUGGAGUUCGCCAAGCGGAGAUUUGUCGACUCGUUGCGCCAAUUUCUUCAGUCUUUCCGCCUGCCUGGUGAAGCUCAAAAGAUCGAUCGAUUUAUGCUUAAAUUCGCUGAGCGUUAUGUUCUUGGAAACCCCAAUGCAUUCGCCAAUGCCGACACUGCAUACGUCCUAGCUUAUUCGGUCAUUCUACUUAACACUGACUUACACAGUGUCAAGAUCGCCAAACGCAUGAGCAAGGAAGAGUUCAUCAAGAACAAUCGUGGUAUUAACGAUAAUGCCGAUUUGCCUGAUGAUUACCUUCUCGGCAUCUAUGAUGAAAUCGCAGCUCACGAAAUCGUUCUCAAGAGUGAACGAGAUGCGGCAGCUGCGGCUGGCAAUAUACCUGCUCAAUCGACUGGCAUUGCUGCUGGCCUUGGGCAGGCCCUCUCCAACGUUGGCCGUGAUUUACAGCGCGAAGCCUACAUGCAACAGUCCGAGGAGAUUGCUCUGCGCUCUGAACAAUUAUUCAAGGACCUCUUCAAGAGCCAAAGACGCAAAGCUGGCACAAAGUACAUUCUUGCAACUUCCUUCAAGCAUGUCAGCCCCAUGUUCAGCGUUACUUGGAUGUCGAUCUUUUCCACCCUUUCCAGUCAGAUCCAGAAGUCUCACAAUCUCGAGGUGAACAAGCUUUGCCUUGAGGGUAUGAAGUUGGCCACACAAAUCGCUUGUCUGUUUGAUAUGUCUACACCCAGGGAGGCAUUCAUGUCGGCUUUGAAGAACACAACCAACCUUAACAACCCUCAAGAGAUGUUGGCCAAGAACAUCGAAGCUCUCAAGGUCGUGCUUGAGUUGGGACAGACCGAGGGUAACGUUCUCCGUGAGUCAUGGAAAGACGUAUUGAUGUGCAUCAGUCAACUUGACCGACUUCAACUUAUCUCGGGCGGUGUUGACGAGAGUGCUGUGCCUGAUGUAUCGAAAGCCCGUUUCCUACCCCCGCAAAGGUCGGAAAGUACCGACUCCCGCUCGUCAUCCAAGAGGCCGGCAAGGGCUAGAGCAGGAACUUCAUCAAAGGGUUUCUCUACCGAGAUUGCUCUAGAGAGUCGAUCCGAUGAUGUGAUUCGUAGCGUUGACCGCAUUUUCACUAAUACGGCAAACCUGACUGGUGAAUCUAUGGUUUACUUUGCUCGGGCACUGACAGAAGUCAGCUGGGACGAGAUCAAGGUGUCUGGAUCUAACGACAUGCCUCGUACCUACAGUUUGCAGAAAAUUGUCGAGAUCAGUUACUAUAACAUGAACCGUGUUAGGUUUGAGUGGAGCAACAUCUGGGAGGUCUUUGGCGAACACUUCAACCGAGUUGGAUGUCACAACAACAUGAACAUUGUGUUCUUUGCGCUUGAUUCGCUGCGCCAACUGUCAAUGCGAUUUAUGGAGAUUGAGGAAUUGGCCGGUUUCAAGUUUCAGAAGGACUUCCUAAAACCUUUCGAGCAUGUGCUCGCGAACACACAUAACGUUACUGUCAAAGACAUGGUUCUUCGAUGUCUGAUACAAAUGAUCCAGGCCCGUGGCGAUAACAUCCGAUCUGGCUGGAGGACUAUGUUUGGUGUUUUCACAGUCGCUGCCCGCGAACCUCACGAAAGUAUUGUUAACCUGGCUUACGAAAACGUCAACCAGGUGUACAAGACCAAGUUUGGAGUGGUGAUUUCUCAGGGCGCAUUCACUGACUUGAUUGUAUGCUUGACAGAGUUCUCCAAGAACCUCAAGUUCCAGAAGAAGAGUCUGGCAGCUUUGGAGCUACUCAAGUCUCUGAUUCCUACUAUGCUCAAGACGCCUGAAUGUCCCUUGUCGCAAAAGUACAACAACAUUCCACCCCCUGAUGGUGCAACACAAACUUCUGAGAAAAAAUCACGAUCAAACACUUCGGUCGAGGAAGGCUACUGGUUCCCCGUCCUCUUUGCUUUCCAUGACGUUCUCAUGACCGGUGAAGAUCUGGAAGUACGAUCAAAUGCCCUCGAGUAUUUCUUCGAAACCCUGUUGAGGUAUGGAGGUAGCUUCCCAGCCGAGUUUUGGGACAUUCUAUGGCGUCAACAACUGUACCCCAUCUUUAUGGUCUUGAGGUCUCGGCCAGAGAUGAGCAACGUUCUCAAUCACGAGGAGUUGUCAGUGUGGCUAUCAACCACUAUGAUCCAAGCGCUGCGAAAUAUGAUCACGCUUUUCACGCAUUAUUUCGACGCCUUGGAGUACAUGCUGGACAGAUUCUUGGAACUCUUGGCGCUUUGCAUUUGUCAAGAAAACGAUACCAUUUCGCGAAUCGGCAGCAACUGCUUGCAACAACUGAUCCUUAAGAAUGUUACCAAGUUCCAGCCAGAACAUUGGAACAAGCUUGUUGGCGCUUUCUGCGAAUUAUUUGAGCGAACUACUGCAUACCAGCUUUUCUCAGCAACUGCGAUCAACAACACUGCCUCAAUAUCACCCCCUCCCAAUGGUCUUGAGUUCUCUGCAGGCUCAACAGAUGCUACACCCGUUGACGAGAAGUCUUUGAAGAUCAAUAACCCACAAUUGGAUGAUGAUGACAGUGUUGUUCCUCCAGCUGAUGAUGAUGACCUUCGGACACCGAUCGGAGACGGCCCUCAUGUCACGCUUGAAGAAUUUAAACCAUCGUCGAAUCUCCAGCAACAGCCCGUUGUAGUAACGGCAGCUCGACGACGAUUCUUCAACCGAAUUAUCUCUCGUUGCGUUUUGCAGCUAUUGAUGAUUGAAACAGUCAACGAACUCUUCAGCAAUGACACUGUCUACGCACAUAUUCCCUCUCAGGAGCUCUUGCGUCUCAUGUCACUACUUAAACGGUCGUUCGUGUUUGCUCGUAAAUUCAACGAGGACAAGGAACUGCGUAUGAGGCUAUGGCGUGAGGGUUUCAUGAAGCAGCCGCCUAACCUCCUGAAGCAGGAGAGUGGCUCAGCUGCGACUUACAUCUCCAUCCUUUUCCGCAUGUUUGCUGACGACGCACCUGAACGAUUGUCAAGCCGGCCUGAUGUCGAGGCUGCGCUGGUACCUCUGUGCAAGGAUAUCGUCUACGGUUAUACCACUCUAGAAGAAGAAAGCCAGCACCGAAAUAUCGUCGCAUGGCGCCCUGUCGUCGUUGAUGUUCUGGAGGGUUACACUACUUUCCCUGAGGAUGCUUUCAAGAAGCAUAUCCCCGACUUUUAUCCUCUUGCAGUCGAGCUUCUGACAAAAGAUCUUACACCAGACUUGCGCGCCUCGCUCUUGAUAGUGUUGCGACGAGUUGGAGAGUUGGGACUGGGUAUUGCAGGAAUGACACAUGUUAGACAACGGCAAGACAGCGUGGCUAGCCGUAUGACGGCUGAACCGAUGGGCGAUCGAGAGGCAGACGCGAGGCGAAUGCUAUAG